AAUAGAAGCAUUUUUGUAGCGCAAGCGCAGUUGCGUUUGGUGAUGGUACCUGGCAGCUCUGCAUGGUAGUUGCUGUUGUGCGUCAAAUCAUGUCAAAUCUUUUUGUGUUGUUCGCAUUUUGUGAUGUGAAUUGAGAUUUAGAAUGCCAGCACGUGUGACAGAAGUGAAAUGCAAGCGUUGCAGAACAGUUAUUUUUACUGAAGAAGCAACUCCACUUCUUUCUGCUCACGGCGCCGCGGAAAAUAAUUCGGAAAAUCUUCAAUGCUCAGCUAAUGAAUCGGAAAAUUGUCUUUACAUUUCAACAGAAACUGUACCUGAUUGGAUUAGAGAUUGCAUAAAUAAGGAAUUAUGGACAAAGGGGAAAAUUAAUUGUCUCAAUUGUAAAUCACGAUUGGGAUCUUUCAAUUUCGUCAAUGAAAUUAAAUGCGAUUGUGGUGAAUGUUUAUUGCCGCCAAUAAGAAUAAUUAGAUCUAAAGUCGAUAGACCUGUUGAUAGUCCGAGAAAUUCCUUUGUUUAAUUAAGAAUGUGUGCAUGAGUGAAAGAGAGAGAGAGAGAGAGAGAGAAGAAUCAUUAUAAAAAAUUGUACUUUUGUUCAUGUCAGUAAAUAAAUUUUCGUUAACGUUA